AUGGCAAAAAGCAAUUCAGAUGAGCCAAGAACAAUGAAGCAACAUACUACCGGCGGUUUGAAGAAUCGGGAUGCUGAUGGUGCAGCAUGGGAAGCUGGAAAGGGGGCAGUAAUUGGCGCAUCCAAAUGGGGAAUUGUCUUUGGGGGUCUUGGUGGAGCUGGAUAUGCUCUAUCGCCCAUAUACAGAGGACUCACUAUACAAUUCAAAGUAUUCAUCCAGAUGUCAGGCAUGAUUAUGGGCGCUUGUCUUGAAGCUGAUCAUAGGAUUCGUGAAUAUGAAGCAAAAAUACGAAUGCAAAAGCGCAUGGUUAGAGAUAGAGCUGUCUGGGAAAGCUACGAGCGGGAAUUCGAUGAGGUACCACCAGUGUCGAAAGAAAGCCAAUCAAAAUGA